GUCGCAGACUAUGACUCUUGUCAAAUUAUAAUGCUUGUCACGUCGGCGAAUCCAUGCGGUGGUAUGGCCGGAUUAUUCGUUUUCCGGCGAAUUUUCCGGCAGAGAGCUCGACUGACCAGAAUAACCUCGCUCUCAAACUCAAAUGACCGGAAUACCCUUUUCACCGUUCCACCAGCACCGGUGGCGGCGAGAGCUUCGAAGACGUUCCGGUGCGGUGCUCGGAGAAGAGUGCGAGACGACGGAGGAGAAGGAGAUGGAGAUGAUGAAUCGUACGGGUACAACGAGGAGAUAGCGAUGCUGGAGUUGUACAGCCAGUCUUGUAGAGAAGAAGCGCUUAUUGUGACGGCCAUUGUUGACGACGAAGAAGUGGAAGUUCUCAUCUUCAAAGGGUUUUCGUCGUGUCUGAGCGGAGAGACGGCGGUGGAUCCGGCGAGAAGCGUGUUGCCGGAGAGAGCAGUGAUUAAACAGAUAGAUAGAGUGAAAGGUCCUUUUGAUCCUUCACAGAUUCAUUACAUUCGAAAGGGACUCUCUUUUGAUGCCUUCAAGGAGACUAUGAUCACGCAAACUUAAAAAGUAUUAUUUUUUUAGAUU